ACCACCGGCAAUCCCAGUAUGCACCGCGGACAGAGCAGCAAAAAAUAGUCCGUUAACGAAAGGCUGAGAAAAGGGAACUAGAAAAGGGUAGCUCACCAGCUAAAUCCACGAGUUAACUGUAUUUAACGUAACCAGAACCGCUAACAUGGCUGACAACGAGAAACUGGACAACCAGCGGCUGAAGAAUUUCAAGAAUAAGGGCCGUGAUUUGGAGACAAUGAGAAGACAGAGGACUGAGGUAGUGGUGGAACUCAGAAAGAGCAAAAGAGAUGAGCACCUUCUGAAGAGGAGAAAUGUACCCCAUGAAGACAUCUGCGAGGACUCUGAUGUCGACGGAGACUUCAGAUCGCAAAACACCUCUCUUGAAGCAAUAGUACAAAAUGCCACCAGUGAUAAUCAGGGCGUUCAGCUGACUGCUGUUCAGGCUGCCAGGAAGUUGUUGUCCAGUGACCGUAACCCUCCCAUAGAUGACUUGAUUAAGUCUGGGAUCCUUCCUAUACUGGUUCACUGCCUGGACAGAGAUGACAACCCAUCUCUCCAGUUUGAGGCAGCCUGGGCUCUAACCAACAUAGCGUCUGGUACCUCAGAGCAGACCCAAGCCGUGGUCCAGUCCAAUGCUGUGCCGCUGUUUCUGAGGCUCCUUCACUCUCCUCACCAGAAUGUGUGCGAACAGGCGGUCUGGGCCCUGGGCAACAUCAUAGGUGAUGGCCCUCAGUGCAGAGACUAUGUGAUCGGCCUGGGUGUGGUGAAGCCCCUGCUCUCUUUCAUCAGUCCCUCCAUCCCUAUCACCUUCCUCCGCAACGUCACCUGGGUCAUGGUCAAUCUGUGCCGCCACAAGGACCCUCCACCACCCAUGGAGACGAUCCAGGAGAUCCUGCCAGCUCUCUGCGUGCUGAUCCACCACACUGAUGUCAGUAUCUUGGUAGACACAGUGUGGGCUCUGUCUUACCUGACGGACGCUGGAAACGAGCAGAUCCAAAUGGUCAUCGACUCUGGCAUCGUCCCACAUCUGGUACCUCUGCUCAGUCACCAGGAGGUCAAAGUUCAGACUGCUGCCCUGAGAGCUGUUGGGAACAUAGUGACCGGCACAGAUGAACAGACCCAGGUGGUGCUCAACUGUGACGCUCUCAGCCACUUCCCUGCACUCCUCACACACCCGAAGGAGAAAAUCAAUAAGGAGGCAGUGUGGUUCCUGUCCAACAUCACAGCAGGCAACCAGCAGCAGGUGCAGGCUGUCAUUGACGCCAAGCUAGUUCCCAUGAUCAUUCACCUGCUCGACAAGGGUGACUUUGGCACUCAGAAGGAAGCAGCCUGGGCCAUCAGCAACCUGACAAUAAGUGGGAGAAAAGAUCAGGUGGCACACCUGAUCGAGAAGCAGGUGAUCCCUCCAUUUUGCAACCUGCUAACAGUGAAGGAUGCCCAGGUCGUGCAGGUUGUUCUCGAUGGCCUCAGCAAUAUCCUCAAGAUGGCCGAUGAUGAGGCUGAAACAAUUGCUAACCUUAUUGAGGAAUGUGGUGGUUUGGAAAAAGUGGAGCAACUGCAGAAUCACGAAAAUGAAGAUAUCUACAAAUUGGCAUAUGAAAUUAUUGAUCAGUUCUUCUCAUCUGAUGAUAUUGAUGAAGACACCAGCCUGAUUCCAGAGGCCAUCCAAGGUGGAACUUAUGGCUUUAACUCAGCCAACGUGCCAGCCGAGGGAUUCCAGUUCUAGACGGCAUCUGGGGUAUUCUGGAGUUUUGUUCACGAUGCAGCACUCUGUUCAACAUAAAAAAAUUAGGAGAGAAAGAGCGAGAGAGAGCGAGAGUGUGAGAAAUUUGAUCCAUUGUGCUUGGCUCGUGGGAUCCAUGGCUGCAUCUUAUCUGAGAGAAAAAUGUGUGGAUUUCAUUUGGCAUUCCAGGGGAACCAGCCCAAAUGAAGUUUGAGAUGGCGAGUGGGUGCGAGUGAGAAUGAGUGGCUACAUGUUGCAAAAAAAGCAAAACAUCUACAUCGAAUGCGUUGAGAGACAUGCCGACAUAACUUCUGUGUUAUUGGAGCUGUCGCCUUCGGAAAACUACUUCAAACGACAACAAAAAAACUCGAUGUCUGCCCGGGGAGAACCAAGGACAUCCAAAAAAUAUGAAAUCAAGAGAUCUUGAAAUAUUACAAUACAACAAAAUGCAGAGAUGAAUAUAACUUUAAUUAUGAACUGAGAUGAACCACGAACCAUCACAAUUCUGCGGUCCUCCGACUCGAGAGGGCGCCACCCUCAAUGUGCCCCUCCCCCAAUCGGCCACGCUAUCAGACAUGUGUGUGAAUGGACCCAUUGUGUAUGAAUGGCUGGACUCAGUGCUGAGGAGCCAGGUUCAUCUCCUCCAACGAGACGCCCCGAUAGGGCACCAUCCUCUCCCCCUGGUGGGCGGGGCCAGGAGUCCGGCUGCGCGUGUCGCAUGUGCGAGAGAAUGGACGGAUGAGUUGUUGUGUGAUUGGCUGCGUGCGUGACUGGGAGUAUGCAAGUCUGGGUGAGAACGCAUGCAGAGACGGGAAAAAAAAAAAAUACAAAUACAA